AUGAACCUCAACCGUGGAAAGCGCACGGGACCGCCUACGCCCGCUCAACCACAGGCAGAGCAACAGCAGCAGCAGCAACCACCACCCGAGGAUGACCAGACUCGCCAUGAAGAUGACCGCACGGCAGAUGCAGAUGAACACAGCGCACAUGGACUGUCCUUGCAGGACCUGCGCUCGGAGAGCUACCGUGUCGCCAUGACCGAGUCUGCACCGGCAACGGAGCGCAUUCAACGCCAACAGGAAACCAGCGGCCACGGCGGUGGUGGUGGCGGUGGUGACCAGGAGGAUGGCGGUGAUGGUGACGAUGAUGACGAUGACGAGGAGGCGAGGCACCGUCGUGCCAUGUCUGUGCCUUCCCGAGUACCAGCGAUUCGUGUUGCCGAUGUGGACGCAAACAACGUUCGCGGUCCAACCUACAUGCUCCCACUUGACGACUCUGUGGAGAACACGCGAUCACGUGCACUGGCAUCGAGCGCCCGCAGUGCACAGAUCAAGAAAUCAUUUCGCGAGAGCCUCCGCUCCCUUUCAGUAGAGUUGGGUAUGGUACUCGAGGCUCUGGGGGAGAUCUCUGCGUAUGAGCGGGAGAAGAAAGAGAAGCGGCGAAAGCGCAAGGGCGGGCGAAAAGGGCGCGACAAACCGGACCUGGAGGAGUUGAAGAAAGAGGCAGACAUUGACGAGCACUCCAUCCCGCUGGAGGAAUUGCAGAAGCGCUUUGGGCUCAAGGACGUGAGCAAAGGCUUGACACAUGACCAAGCUGCUGCCACCCGCGCCAAGGAGGGCAGAAACGUGCUCAGCCCGCCGCCAACAACGCUCGAGUGGAUCAAGUUCCUUCGCCAGAUGGUGGGCGGGUUUGCCACGCUGUUGUGGAUUGGCGCCAUCCUGUGCUUCAUCGCGUAUGGGAUUCAGGUGUCGCAGGCCGACUCUGGCGAGAGCGUGUCUGCCGACAACCUGUACCUGGGCAUCGUCCUCGCAGCCGUCGUGUUCAUCACGGGCUGCUUCUCAUAUGUUCAGGAGCGGCGCGCUGCGGAUGUGAUGAAGGGUUUUGCGAAGCUGCAGCCGCAGAAGUCCCGCGUGCACCGCAACGGGAAGUUGGAGGUGAUCAAUGCGGAGGAGCUGGUGCGGGGCGACGUCGUCGAAGUCAAGGCCGGCGACCGCAUCCCGGCCGACCUGCGCAUCAUCGACGAGCACGGCCUCAAGGUCGACAACUCGUCUCUCACUGGCGAGUCGGAGCCCCAGAAGCGGUCGGCAGAGUGCACCCACAAGAACCCGCUUGAGACGCGCAACAUUGCCUUCUUCUCCACCAACGCCGUGGAGGGCGCGGGCACCGGGAUUGUGAUUCGAUGCGGAGAUAACACCGUCCUCGGCCGCAUUGCCGGUCUCGCCAGCGGCGUCGACUCGGGAGAAUCGCCAAUUGCGCGAGAAGUACAGCACUUUACCGAUAUCAUCACUGCCGUUGCUGUCAUCGUUGGCGCCGUGUUCUUCAUCAUUGCCCUGGCCAUUGGUUACAACUGGCUGGACGCGAUUGUGUUUCUCAUCGGUGUCAUCGUCGCAAAUGUCCCUGAGGGCCUGUUGCCCACGGUGACGGUGUGCUUGACGCUGACGGCGAAGAAGAUGGCGACGAAGAACUGCCUGGUGAAGCAUCUGGAGGCUGUGGAGACGCUCGGCUCCACCUCCACCAUCUGCUCCGACAAGACAGGCACCUUGACGCAGAACAACAUGACGGUGGCGCACGUGUGCUUUGAUCAGCAGAUUCGUGAGGUCAACACGGACCCGAAGGUGGAGAAGGACUUUCCCUUUGAGAUGAACGACAGUUUUCGCGCGCUUUUCCGCGUCGCCGUCCUCUGUAACAAGAGACAGAGGAACAGGGGCACUGAUCCGUCGCUUCCCGUGCUCAAGCGCGCCACCGUCGGCGAUGCUUCAGAAUCGGCCAUCUUCAAGUACACAGAGCGCUACGCGCAGCACGUGCUGGAGGACGCAAGCAUGGGGGACGACGAGUCCUACGUCGUGACGGAGCGGAAGAAGUAUCCGAUUGUGGCGGAGAUUCCGUUCAACUCGAAGAACAAGUAUCAGGUCUCUGUACAUGAGCUGGGCAGCGAUGAGCAGGAAGGGGAAGGCCACGGGGGCACAAAAGCUCGCUACCUCCUCGUCAUGAAGGGUGCACCAGAGCGCAUCAUUUCACGCUGCUCGCACAUGUACAAGGAUGGCGAGGUUGUGGAGAUGACAGAUGAGGACAAGCAGGCGUUUGAGGACAACUACGAGCAGCUUGGGCGAUAUGGCGAGCGCGUGCUUGGGUUUGCGACCCUGCGGCUUCCCAUCCAGACGUACCCUGAAGGAUACAACUUUGGCGACCAGGCCCAGCACAUUCCGCUUCAGGGGCUCGUGUAUUGCGGCCUUCUUGCCCUCAUUGAUCCCCCGCGUCCAACCGUGCCCGCCGCGGUCGCAAAGUGCAGAUCAGCAGGCAUCAAGGUCAUGAUGGUGACUGGGGACCACCCCAUUACAGCCCAGGCCAUUGCAAAGCAAGUUGGCAUCAUCCACGAUGAAAAAACUGUCGAAGACAUUGCAGAAGAGCGGGGAGUGGACGUGUCAUCCGUCGAUCCCUCAGAGGCGGGUGCCAUCGUCAUCAAGGAUGGGUCGGAGCUGGCCCGCAUGAGCGCGGCCGAGCUUGAUCGCAUCCUCGCACAGCACCGCGAAAUUGUCUUUGCCCGCACAUCUCCGCAGCAGAAGCUCAUCAUCGUCGAAGGCUGCCAACGUGCUGGCCAGAUUGUUGCUGUGACGGGCGAUGGUGUGAACGACUCCCCUGCGCUGAAGCGAGCGGACAUUGGUGUUGCCAUGGGUAUCGCCGGCUCCGAUGUGUCCAAGCAGGCAGCAGACAUGAUUCUUCUUGACGACAACUUUGCGUCCAUCGUGACUGGCGUGGAGGAAGGGCGACUCAUCUUCGACAACCUAAAGAAGUCCAUUGCAUACACGCUGUCAUCCAAACUGCCGGAGUUGAGCCCGUUUCUGUUCUUCGUCCUCGCAUCCGCUCCUCUUCCGCUAGGCACUGUCACCAUUCUCCUCAUCGACCUCGGCACAGACAUGGUCCCUGCCAUCUCGCUGGCGUACGAGGUGCCGGAGCCCGACAUCAUGUAUCGCAGGCCGCGCAACCCGACCAAGGACCGGCUCGUCAACCCGCGAUUGCUGCAGUUUUCAUACCUCCACAUCGGGUCUAUGCAGACGCUGGCGGGGUUUCUCACGUACUUUACGCUGUAUGGCGAGAACGGGUUUCUGGCGAACCAGCUGUUUGGGCUCCGUGAGGACUGGGACAACCGCGACAACGACGAAGUCACCGACAGCUACGGCCAGCAAUGGACGUAUGACCAACGAAAGAGCUUGGAGUACAUGGGCCACACGGCGUAUUUCGUCUCCAUUGUCAUUGCCCAGUGGGCGGAUCUUGUCAUCUGCAAGACCCGCAAGCUCUCCCUUCUCCAGCAUGGCAUGAGGUUUGCGCUCUUUGUGUAUACGGCGCUGGCAGCGGUACUGACCUACACGCCCGGCACGGACGUCGCCUUCAACCUGCGCCCGUUCCCGUUCCGCUAUUGGCUCACGCCGCUGCCUUUCUCCGUGCUCAUCGUCGUGUACGAUGAAACACGCCGCUACUUUGUUCGCAAGUUUCCUCGCGGCUAUGCCAUGCGAGAGACCUACUACUGA